AUGAGUCGGGAAGCCGAUUGCCCGGAAGGGAGGAUUCCCCCCGCCUCGCCCCGAGGAGUUGCCUGGAGCGAGGCCGGAUUCCGGCGGGUCGGGAAGGCGGCGGGUGCCGUGGGUCUGCCGUGCCCCGUUACAGGAAAGCGGUGCGAGGGGAGGACAGGAAAAAACAUUCUACCACCUCAAGAACAAAUCCAGAGCAUACAAAACCGGGAAAGAGAAAGCGAACGUUGGUUUGGAAAAAAGGCUUUUGUUUCGACCUCGGCUCAUCUGGUCGGCUGCCAUCUGGUGCUCUGCCUUCUCUCUCCCAAAGUAGGACCACGACAGUUUCUCCAGCCACUGUGGUGCUGCCGAACCUUCACCCAGCUCCUCACCGCUCCCUCCGCCCUCCUCCGGUGGAAGGAACCCCCAGGAAUUUUCGAUCCAUGGAAUAGCCGCCUCUGGGUCUCUCGGCAAGAUGCUUUUCGGGGAAAGUCCGGCAGCUCUCUCCUCUCCUCGCUGCCACGCCACGGGGGAACUCUGGUGGCGAGGGACAAACAGACGGGUCAAGGUACCCCAGGAAAAAGAAUGGCCAAGCUCAGGCCGAGCAGACGCAAGAGGAGGAACCACAACGGUCCCACCCCAGGAGGUGAGGGAGCAGAUCCCAUCAGAAAUGCCUCGGUAAAGGGCGAUGGGCAGCAAAACACACUCCUGCCCUGCCAGAGCCUCGGGGAACCCCCCGGCGGGCCCAGAUGUGCCCGUGCCCCGCUCCCAGCAGCAGCAGCCGGGGCCACCCGGGGGGAAGGAAGGUCCCUCUGACCGGACUCUUGGAAAAACAGAAGGCAACCUACGGAUUUUGGAGAGCCAGACCAACACGGUAAUCGCCUACACGUAGUGGGGGUCGGUCUCUUCUCCCAAGGAACAGGCGAUGGGACAAGAGGAAACGGCCUCCAGUUGCGCCAGGGGAGGUUUAGGAUGGAUAUUAGGAAAAAAUUUACACGGAAAGGGCUGUCAAGCAUUGGAAGAGGCUGCCCAGGGCAGUGGUUGAGGCACCACCCCUGGAGGUAUUUAAGAGACGGGUAGACAUAGCGCUUAGAGAUAUGGUUUAGUGAUGGUUUUUGUCAGUGUUGGGUUGAUGGUUGGACUCGAUGAUCUGCAAGGUCCCUUCCAACCUGGGCGAUUCCAUGAUUCCAUGAUUCUAUGAGGCAUGACAUUUCUCCUGUGAGCAAACUGCUGGCCCUGCCCGUUGCCCCAGGAGCUCCUUCUCCCCCCCGGCAGC